CGGGCGUGCGCGAUCACGACGCAGUCAAACAGAAGAGCGCAGACAAGGCGAGCGAGCGGGCGGGCGGGCGAGCGAGCGAGCUCAAGACCAUUUCGACGCAGCAUGGGAGCAUUUGGAGGCAGUCCGGAGCCUUGCCGACUGUGAAAUAUGGACGAGGCUCUGUCGGAGCCGCUUUGCUGUAUCUGGUCUUGUAUCCGUGCAGGGCGACGGACAGCAAGGAACUUUAGCAAGCUUGUCCAAGAAGCAAAGGCAAUGAGGAGGGCUUUAGGCCUUAUAUAUAUAUGAGUUGAGUUAGCGUGUCUGAAUCGGCAAGAGUGUUUAUUUGUGUGUGGAGAAGUUGAUCCAGAAAGAGAAGCCUGUGCUGUGCUGUGCUGUGCUGUGCUGUGCUGGUUCAUUAUGCUUGAGGAGGGCAUUAUGAACUGCACCGUCAGCCAUGAAAUCCACCAGUACCUCUUCUGCUGUGUGUAUAUCUUUGUACUACUGGUGGGCGUUCCCUGCAACCUGUACUCUCUGUACCAUGCAGUACUGCAGCUCAAGCAAAAGAAUGAGCUCGGGGUUUAUUUGAUCAACCUCACCGUGUCGGAUCUAUUAUACCUGGCAUCAUUACCACUCUGGCUCCAGUACUUUUUCCAGGAUGACGACUGGCGUCACAGGGAAUGGUUGUGCCAGUUGUGUGGCUUUCUUCUUUACGAGAACAUCUACAUCAGCAUUGGCUUCCUGUGUUGUAUAAGUCUGGACCGCUACCUGGCUGUCGUUCACCCUUUGAGGUUCACCUCCCUCCGCUCCAUAAGCACAGCCUGCCUUUUUAGCGCCGUCAUCUGGUUGAAGGAGAUUGCCGUGGGCGUGGUUUUCUUCCGCCAUAAAGAGCUGAGCAGAAAUGCCAACAACCAAUCGGUGUGCUUUGAGCACUACCCAAUGCAACCUUGGGAGUAUCCAAUCAACUACUACCGCUUCACGAUUGGUUUCAUGUUCCCGCUGGCCAUCCUGCUGAUCAGCUACCUGUGCGUGCUUCGUGCCGUGGGCCAGAGUGCGGGCACCCAGCCGGAUCAGAAGACCAGAAUCCGACAGUUGGUUAGCAGUACGGUCCUCAUCUUCCUCGUAUGCUUCUCGCCUUACCACGUCUUUCUGUUAGUACGCACCGUGCUGGAGCGAGACUGCCAUUUUAUCACAGGGAUUUUCAACUAUUACCACCUGGCGCUGUUGUUGACCUCUUUCAAUUGUGUGGCCGAUCCCGCUCUCUACUGUUUUGUCAGCGAAAGUGCCCGCCGAGGUCUUUCCCGGGUUCUUUUUCGACCGGUGACAAGAGUCGUGUGUUGCUGCCUUGGCAACUGCAGUGCCAAAGCCACCAUCUCUGCCACAGACUCCCACCAUGAGGAGAACAACACCCGGGGGCCCGUGGUCACGCUCCAUGGCAUGGGCAAGAACUGCACAAAUACCAUUUUAAUCACAGUGGAUGAUAAAAAAAUCAUCAUACCGUUAAGCUUGCAAAAUAGCAACCAUACUUUGGAGGAGAACCACAAGACACAAAUGAUGUGAUUGGGCUGAAUGGAUCCAAAGAACAAGGAAGGUGCCAACCUCGGUCGGGACAGAGUAGCAUCGCAGCGUGCCACUGACCACUGCUGAUGCUGCUGUGUUACAUUCUUUUUGUUAUCGUUGCCGUCUGAAUCGCUCCUGCAGACCUCCCGACCGACCGACCGACCGACCGACCUCCCUCCACCAAUUGAACGGACCUCAAGACACGUGACUUGAUCAAUAACAGACUGUGUUUGCACUUCCUCCAUUACAAUACAACACGGGUUCUGAACUGAUCUCAACUUUACAAAGUUGCAAAGUGAAGAUUGAAGAUUUUUCUCGUUGUUUAAAAAGCUCUUUCGAAAAUACAUGUAUCAUAUUUUGAAAGAUAGUUUCACAUGAGUUUGACAUCCCAUCCCGAUGACUCGUCUUCUUCUGAAGCUUCUGAUUCCUGUUUUCAUUUAGACUUAGACAUCUAUGUAAUUCACACAUUUCGGCAGUCUCAAUUGAUAUACUAUAGAGAGAGAUAAUAACUUAUUACUCGCAGACUUGAGCACAGUUCAAUUUGAAGACAGAACACUUGUGUAACGAUGCAGUGUUGUGGUUGGCUGAAAGUAUGAGAUUAUUUAUUAUUUUAGAAAAAAAUCAUUAAACAGUGGGCAGGUGAAUUUGGGAAAUUAAAGUCCUCUUUGCUUGUCAGGGUA